CACUUCUGACUGCCGGAAAGUUAUUGGAGAAACAAAUCUAUAUGCCGCGCAUUUCCUUCGAGUAGUUUGACUUUGUUAGGCCGGCUACGGGGAGGACGCGUUCGAAUUCCUCCAACUGGACGAAUCCGCUGUGAUGGACAUCGCCGACGGAGAUCAUGACGACAAUGCCAUUCAUGUCAGAGGCAACAGGAAAGCAGGAGAAGGAUACGAUUAUGAAGGUUUUAUCUGCUGCUCUGAUGAGGUUUGGGUUUUUUUCGAUCUUUCACAUUCUGAAUGAUUCGAAUGCCAUUCAAAAGGCUGGAACGGAGGAAGGUCCUGGCGAUAUGAAAAUGGCGAAUAUCACUAUUCCGGUAGAAGCACUUCAUCUGCAAAACGAAGGAUGGGCAUUUUCUCGACAUUCCCGGUGAGCCGCACUCUCAAUGGAAGCCACAUCCAUUGGAGAACGGACAUUCAAGCUUGGAGAGCAUCAUCCCCUUCUCCAUUUGAUAUCCGAUAGCAACUCCCGUCCUAUUUUGGGCGGCUUGCUCGCUAGUCACCAAAAACUCCCAUCUGUGGCACUCUCUACUCUCUCCCAUUUUUCCAUUUUUCUCUGGUUCCGCUACUCUCCGCGCAGCAAAUAUACAUAAGCGUUCUCUUCAUGUCUCCGUUUGUUUUUUCAUUAUUUUCUUUUUUGGCGUGCAUCUUCACCGUGAAGAUAUUAAACGCAUGUAAUAUGUUUUCCUGUCCGCGCGACUUCCUUCUACCUAUGCCUCGUUUCUCUCCUAACCGAGUAGCUCGCCGCCUCUCUCUUCCGCUUUCGCACAGUUACUUGCUCGAUCGUCUUAGUCCCAGUGCCGGCACCAACUGCCAGCUACUGAUCCUCUAUUAUUCUAUCCGCCUGCACGCAGCCCUCAUUUCCAUGGUUCUCUACCUCUAUGCAGCGGAUUCACACUCUUACCCGCUACUCUCCAGACCGAAACUCUCUUCCACAUAACCCUUCACCCACUGUUGGCCCAUCUCGACGUUGCCGCUUCAAGUUAAUUUCGUUCGUCAGAGGUCUACUCUCAGCUGUUAUGAGGAAACUUAGCAAGUCCGAGGAGAAGGGAUCUGGAAGUGCUACUCGGCACCAUCAAACACGUGGAGAAGAGUUUUGGAUGUGCUACUCGGCACCAUCAAGCACGUGGAGAAGAGCUGUGACUCAAUCUUUAUGUGCGACUCGAGAACGAAGUCUGAGUUAUGCUUUUGACUUAUUUGAUCUUAAAUGCGAUGGUGUAAUCGAUUUUGAGGAGUUUGUUAGAUCCCUCAGUGUCUUCCAUCCAAACACAUCACAAGAUGAAAAAAUUGCAUUUGCUUUCCGAUUAUAUGACUUGAGGAGCACUGGUUUUAUUGAGCGUGAAGAGUUAAAGGAGUUGGUUCUUGCUUUUUUAAAUGAAUCAAAUUUGUAUCUUUCUGAUGAUAUUGUUGAUACAAUUGUUGAUCAGACGUUCAAGCUGGUAGAUGCUAACUCUGAUGGAAAGAUAGAUCCCAUUGAAUGGAAGGAAUUUGUACUUAAAAAUCCAUCUCUUCUCAAGAAUAUGACUCUUCCAUAUUUGAAGGAUAUACCAACGGCAUUUCCCAGCUUUGUAAUGAAAUCCGAAGUUGAUGAAGAAGAAGUGGAUUAACAAGUAAUGCUUAUGUUCUUCUCAAUUUCUUCUUUGUUUUUCUUCAUAUCUUUAUCGUUAAAAUAUGGAAGGAUUACUCUAACCAAAGACUUUUAAUU